AUGGCCACCAAAGCCGCCAGCAAACGCCUAUCCAAGGAAUGUGUAACCAUGCAAAGGGAACCACCACCAUUCGUUUGGGCUGUACCCGAUGAAAAGAACAUCUUGACCUGUGAGCGCUUCCGUGGCCCACCUGAUUCACCCUUCGCCGGCGGAGAGUACCAUGGUCUCUUGCUUUUUCCUUCAGAGUAUCCAUUUAAGCCUCCAGGUAUCAAAAUGCUUACACCAUCUGGACGAUUUCACCCCGACAAGAAGAUAUGCUUCUCCAUGUCGGAUUUUCAUCCCGGAUCUUGGAAUCCCGCGUGGAGCGUAGCGACAAUCUUAACCGGCCUACUAUCGUUCAUGCUAUCGGAUGAGAUGACAACCGGUUCGGUGACGUCUUCGGAUACUCACAAGCGUAGCUAUGCGCUGCGAAGUCAUGGUUGGAACCUCGCACAGGCGCGGUUCAAGGAGGCUUUCCCCGAAUAUUGUACCCCGCAGCCCAGGGACUUGCCAAAUAUGGGUGAGCGGGAACGAGGGAUCGUCAAGCCACCACCACCACCACCUGUGGCUCUCUUUCCUUUGGCGCCUCAGCCCACUGCACCAGCGGCCCAGCCUGUUGUAGCCAAGCCUGCUCCCCUGCCCACUCUGGCGGUUACACCAACAGUGCCGACGGUAUCGCCUACUAGCGCGCCUCGCGGGUCAAUAGGUAAAACUGACGAGACUGCUAAUGUUGCUGUGGGGUGGGCUAGUGGAUGGGGCCAGUUGUUCUGGCAGAAAUGGCGAUGGGGUAUUCUUAUUGCCCUCGCCGUGAUUGUUUCCAAGAUAUCCUCCAAAGAUUGA